CCGCCUCAAAGGCGUACGAGGUGCGCGUUCAAACGGAGACUGCCAAAGCAUGUUAGAUUGUAACGAUAGGCGAACGGUGUGGGUGCUUUCAAGCUGCCGCCAACGCGACAUUACGCGAUCUAGCUGCGUCAUUGGAGGAUUUAAGGCAUUUCAGAAAGUGGAGGAAUUCGGCAGAAUGUUGCAGACUACCAAAUUGAUAGAAACAUGAACAAUUUUGUUUUAAGAGUGCUGGUGACCAUCAUAGGGUUCACAACUUUCUUUGUCUUCUCACUACCCCCUGUAGUAAAAAUAGGGGCAAUAUUUACGGAAGACCAAGAAAACAGUGCCGUCGAAUUGGCCUUUAAGUACGCUGUCUACAAGAUCAACAAGGACAAGAAGAUUCUGCCUCGUACUUCCCUGGUGUACGAUAUCCAGUACGUGCCCAAAGAUGACAGUUUCCAUGCAAGCAAAAGAGCAUGCAAGUUGGUUGACUUUGGAGUGCAAGCUGUGUUCGGUCCAUCAGAUCCAGUUUUGGGUGCCCAUAUUCACGCCAUAUGCGAUGCCUUGGAUAUCCCACAUCUGGAAGCCAGACCAGACUUGGAAUCUGAAUUCAGAGAAUUCGCAAUCAAUUUGUAUCCCGCUCAACAUUUGCUCAAUGCUGCGUUCCAAGACGUGAUGGAGUUUCUGAAUUGGACACGAGUGGCCAUUGUAUACGAAGGAGAUUAUGGAAUCAUAAAAUUAAGAGAGCUCAUCCGAGCAACAAACUCUGAUCUAGAAGUCCAUCUACGACAAACAGACCUCGACUCUUAUAGAGCUGUUCUAAAGGAGAUAAAAACCAAAGAAAUACACAACGUUGUUAUAGAUACAAAUCCUGAAAAUAUGCCACAUUUUCUGAAAGGGAUCCUCCAGUUGCAGAUGAACGAUUAUAAGUAUCAUUAUCUCUUCACCACCUUCGAUUUGGAAGCGUUCGAUCUCGAAGACUUCAAAUACAACUUCGUGAACAUGACUGCUUUUCGAGUUGUAGACACUCAGGAUUUAUCGGUUAGGGAGCUGCUGAGGGACAUGGCCGCAUUUCGAUUGGGUAGACCAGACCUACUUCCUGUUCUGAAUUCAUCUUAUAUUCAGGCUGAAGCUGCUCUGAUCUACGACUCAGUUUACGUUUUCGCAUUAGGACUACAAACAUUAGAGCAAUCCCAUUCUUUGGCAUAUCCUAAUGUUUCUUGUGAGAGGGAGCAGCCUUGGGAUGGGGGUUUAAGCCUCAUUAACUAUAUCAACAUGGUAGGUUUGAAAGGUCUGAGUGGACCCAUCGAGUUCAAAGAAGGCAGACGUAUUCAAUUCAAGCUAGAUCUGUUAAAACUAAAACAGCAUUCUCUGGUGAAGGUAGGUGAAUGGCGACCAGGGUUUGGAGUUAAUGUAACCGAUCGAGGUGCAUUCUUCGAGGCCGGUACUACUAACGUCACCCUAGUGGUUACCACAAUAUUGGAAACGCCAUACGUCAUGAUGCAAAAGGACAAAAACUUCAAAGGAAACAGCAGAUUCUAUGGAUUUUGUGUUGACAUCUUGGAAAGAAUUUCGAAAAAAGUUGGUUUCGAUUACAUUUUAGAUCUUGUGCCUGAUAAGAAAUAUGGUGCCAGAGACCCUGAUACUGGUAGAUGGAAUGGCAUGGUCCAACAGCUUACGAUGCAUGAACAACCCUACGUAAUGAUGAGAUCGGACCCUUCCCUAGUAGGCAAUGACCAGUUCGAAGGCUUCUGCAUCGAUUUACUAAAGGAAAUAUCAUCUGUGGUGGGCUUCGAAUAUAGAAUAGAAUUAGUGCCAGACGGUAAAUAUGGUGUCAUAGAUUUAGAGACAGGAGAAUGGAAUGGAAUCGUAAAACAAUUGAUGGAAAAGAAGGCGGAUUUGGCUGUUGGAUCGAUGACUAUAAACUAUGCCAGAGAGAGUGUGAUCGACUUCACGAAACCUUUUAUGAACCUCGGCAUUAGCAUUCUGUUCAAGGUACCAACACCUCGGAAGGCACGCCUCUUCUCUUUCAUGAAUCCUCUGGCUGCCGAUAUCUGGAUGUAUGUGUUCUCUGCCUACGUCUUAGUAUCUGCCACGAUGUUUACUGUAGCUAGAUUUUCGCCUCAUGAAUGGCACAACCCCCAUCCUUGUGAAGUUUUCAACGAGCUUCUUGAGAACCAAUUUUCCCUGGCUAACUCUUUCUGGUUUACUAUCGGGACACUAAUGCAACAAGGAUCAGAUCUCAAUCCAAAGGCCACUUCUACCCGAAUUGUAGGUGGUAUAUGGUGGUUUUUCACGUUAAUUAUAAUUUCAUCUUAUACGGCCAAUCUAGCAGCAUUCCUCACAGUGGAAAGAAUGAUUACACCUAUAGAAAAUGCCGAAGAUCUUGCUGGACAAACUGAGAUAACAUAUGGCACAUUGGAAAGUGGAUCUACUAUGACAUUUUUCCGGGACUCUAUGAUAGAAACGUAUAGAAAAAUGUGGCGUUUCAUGGAGAAUCGUAAGCCUUCCGUUUUUGUUUCAACCUAUGAAGAUGGAAUCCAAAGAGUUUUAAAAGGAAAUUAUGCUUUUCUUAUGGAGUCUACUAUGCUCGACUAUGUUGUGCAAAGGGACUGUAACUUGACUCAAAUAGGGGGACUUCUCGAUAGCAAGGGUUAUGGGAUAGCAACACCGAUGGGAAGCCCUUGGAGGGAUAAAAUUUCAUUAGCGAUACUUGAAUUACAAGAAAAAGGCGAAAUUCAAAUGUUAUAUGACAAAUGGUGGAAAAAUACUGGAGAUACAUGCCAAAGAAACGACAAAGGAAAGGAAUCGAAGGCAAAUUCUUUAGGCGUAGAUAAUAUUGGUGGAGUAUUCGUGGUACUCAUGUGUGGUCUUGCGUUUGCUGUAAUGGUGGCUAUUUGUGAAUUCUGUUAUAACUCAAAAAAAAAUUCUAUCAGAGAAAAAAGAUUGACAAACCAGCAAUCACUCUGCUCCGAAAUGGGGGGUGAACUAUGUUUUGCUAUGCAGUGUAGAGGUUCAAGACAAAGACCAGCCUUAAGAAGAGAAUGCUCCAAAUGUCUGAAUAAGGUGGCUUAUGCAAGAGACGAUACCAAACAAACAAGCCUAAGUCCAGUUUUGCCAAAUAGUCCUUGAAGUUCUUGCAAUUUUCUACUGAAACAUUUCAAUUUAUCAUGAGCAAUAUAAAAAAAAUGUAUUUAGUGAAUGGUGUGAACAAUAGGUUCAAACUAGGUGCCAAAAUCUCUCAACAUAAAAUGAAAAUGUGUGAGCACUUUUAGGGAAUAAGAAGUUUUAUAAUAAUGUUGAAAUUCUUUUAAAUAAAGUAUUAGAACUUAA